AUGACAUCGAAUUAUAUUAUCCACAUAGGCAAUAAUAUAAUAAACAAAAGGAUAAAAAUUAAGGAAUUUCUUAAUAAAUAUGAGAGGAAGAUAUUAGAAAAAAAUGCAAGUGCCUUUUUUUAUCUUCUAAUUAACUUGCUUUUUAAUUUAUCAAUUGAUAGAUUUAGAUUAGUUAUAAAUCGAAAAUAUAUAUUUUUCAAAAAAAAAAAGAGAAUCGAUCUAGUAUUUAAUAUAACAAAGAAAUUAUUAGCAAGAAAUAAUAUAGAUAUAAAAGAAAAGAAAAUUAAUUAUUUUUUAGAUAACAUAAAAAAGUAUAAUGAUACAUAUACAACAUCAAUGACUACUAUGCAAACAUCUCCAAAUUAUAAUAUACAUGAAAAUUGUUUUCCAUAUAAUGAAAUAAAUAAUAAAAAACAUCAUUUACAAUCAAAUACCAUAUUAAUUGAUAAUUCAUAUUCUAAUAAAAAAGAAUUCUUUCAUAAAAUAUAUAAUUCUAUAAAUGAAAAAAAAGAAAAUAUUACACAUUAUAAUAUUAUAUCUAAUGUAUUACUUAAUAAUAAUCAAGAAUUUGUUAUAGAUAAAAAAUUUAUUUAUGAUAAUUAUUUAUAUGAAAAUUAUAAUCCACAUAAUAUUCCUCUUUCUCAAAUUGUUAACUUAUCAAAUAAUUCAACAACACUAACACCAGUACAUGAUAAUACAUAUGUUAAUUUUUUAGAUCAUUAUAAAAAAUAUGAUUGUAAUAAUAAAAAAGAUAUCAUAACCUUCCCAUUAAAUUCAUAUUAUUUACAAGAUAUCAAAAACAAAUUUAACGAAUACAAAAUAAAAACAAAUGAAAAUUAUAUCCUUAAAAAAUAUAAUAAAAAUGUUGAAAGACAUUUUAUAAGUGCUAGCAAUACAACCAGUAGUAGUAGUAGCAGCAUAAGUACAACAUGUUACAAUAAUAUUAAUAAUAAUAGUAAUAAUAAUAUUAAUAAUAAUAGUAAUAGUAAUAAUAAUAAUAAUAAUAGUAAUAAUUGUAAUAAUCUACCUUAUGAUAAACAAAAUAAUUUCAUUUUGAUUAAAAAAAAAAAACAAACAAAAAUUAACAAAUACAAUAUUAACAUUUUUGAUGAAUUUUUAGAUAUCUAUUUGUUAUUUAGAUUAAGAGGUGGUAAAGGAGGAUUUGGUGCCAAUUUAAGAAAUAAAAAAAAAAAAAAAAAAAAAAAAAAAAAUAAAAAUGAUCUAUUAUUAGAUGCUUCUAGAAGUAUAAAUGGAAAUAGAAUAUUAAUAGACAGAGUUUUACAAACCUCAGAAAUAUUACUAAAAAAAAAACAACAAGAACAAAUAUUAAUCGAAAAAUUAAACUCUUCUCACAUAAUAAAUAAUAAUACAAGUGAUGAAGAAAAAGAUUUUACAUUAACAAAUAAUCAGAAUAAAAAUGUAUAUGAAUUCAUAAAUGAUAAAAAUCAUAAUACACAAAAUGACGAAUCCAAUAUAUAUACCAACGAAACAAAUUCAAAACUACAUGAUAUGAUUUUAAUAGGCAUGAAUAAAGAAAAACAAAAUAAAGGAAACAAUACUAAUAAUCAACAUACAAAUAAUAAAAAAAUUAAAAAAAUAAAUGCAAUUCAAAAGAAUGAUACAAGUCAUAAAAAUUAUAAAUUAAAAUCAAUUGAUAAUAUGUAUAAUUUUUUAUAA